AACCAUGACCAUAGCCGACUGUGAUCCUCAAAUUUCAUUCGAGAAAGAGGUUUACUUCCCGGGCGAUGAGGUCAAAGGCCGUGCGUGGGUGUCUACCACGAAGAACUUGAAGGCGACAAGUGUGGAAAUCACGUUUUCCGGAAAAACUAUCACUGCUCAUAAUGGAAAAAAAAUCAUCAAGGACAAGAAGUGCAAGAAGGGAGAGGAGACCUAUGUGGAGAUGAAGCACGAGGUCUGGACUCCGGAGGAUACUGAGAACACCUUCCCAUCCGGAGACUACGAGUGGAACUUCUCGUUCGAACUUCCCAAGGACUGCCCACCGAGUUUCGAGGGAAAAUACGGCUUCAUCAGGUACUCGGUCUUGCUCCACAUUGCCGUUCCAAAUGGAAAACCCAUAAACGUGGAACGAGCCGUCACAGUGUCAUCGAUGGUCGACCUGAAUGCUGUGAAUGCACAUGAACCGGCAAAGAUCCACGUGGACAAUGUUGCGGAGUACUGCCACUGCCUGCCGUGCCUGCCGACGAGGGGAAAUGUCAUUUAUACGCUUCAAUCUCCAAAAUGUGGUUAUGUCGCAGGCGAGAAUGUAAUUGUGUCAGGACAAAUCGAGAACGGAACCUCAAAACCCAUGAAAAUCAUCACUGCGAAACUAACAAGAAGAAUCACAUAUCGCGAGGAGCUCAAGGCAAAAGCCAACGCAAAGAAGAAGGCUGAUGGAGCCGACGGGUUCAAGUCGAAGCUCGAGGAGCAGAUCCUUGAGACGAAAAUCGAACGAUGCAAUGUUCCGGCGAGAUCCAGCAAGGAUUUCGCCUUCUCCUUUGAUAUUCCGGCUGUAGUGAGCACAAUUCGUUCCUCGAGGCUUCUAGCGGUGGAGUACUUUGUGACAGUCUGGGGAGAUACUGGAACGUGUAACCGGGGAGGAGUAGCUGCAUUGAAUAUUAUCGUUGGGAAUGUUCCGCUGUUUUUAGGCAGCUCUUCACUACCCCCACGCAAAUUCGUCGAUGGAGAAGAUGCGCAGAGCUGGACGGUCGAUAUGAAGCCGGUGUUCACCUAUCAAGUGCCGUAUUAUGGGCAUUGAGGUCUUCUGUCUUCCCUGAGCUUAUAAAAUACCAUUGUUAUCACAUGCUGCUAUUCCGUUUGUUUCUUUUGAUGGAAUUCAUUUUUAAUAAAAGCAUUUGUUUG